AUGAAGUAUAAAGGCAAGGGGAACAUAAGGGAGUACAUUAUGGAGAUGUCUAAUCUCGCAUCAAAACUCAAGUCACUAAAGUUAGAGCUGUCUGAAGAUUUGCUCGUACACUUGGUUUUGAUCUCUCUCCCUGUACACUUUGGGCAAUUCAAAGUGAGCUAUAACACUCAGAAAGACAAGUGGUCUCUCAAUGAGCUUAUAUCUCACUGUGUGCAAGAGGAAGAGAGGCAAGCGCGGGAUAGGACUGAGAGUGCUCACUUAGCAUCAAGUUCUCAAAACAAAAUCAAGAAGAGAGCUAGGGAUGUUGCAGAAAAGUCUUCUCAGCAAAAGAAACCAAAGAUGCAAACUGAGGAGUUUCCUUGCUACUUCUGUAAGAAGACUGGGCACAUGAAGAAGGAGUGUCCCAAGUAUGCCGUUUGGCGUGAAAAGAAGGGUGAGCUUCUUACUUUAGUUUGUUCUGAAGUUAAUUCAGCUUUUGUGCCUAUGGAUACUUGGUGGGUGGAUUCUAGUGCUACCACUCACAUAAGUGUAUCUUUGUAG